GCUUGCACUAUGCAGAACACACGGAGCUUGUGGAUUCGCUUUCUUUUGUUGAUCACAGGAGGCUUAACACAGUGCUUGGCACUGAAGCACAUCUCAGUACUCCAAGGAGAUACACUGACUAUGAAAUGCCACUUCAAAAACACUAAUAUGCUUCAUGCUUUGGAGUGGAGAGACCCAAAAGAUUUCCUCUUGUUCUUUAACAGAGAAAAAGUUUUGAAAGACAAGAGAAAGACAACUGUCACCUUAACAGCCACAAAAUUUUCAAUAAGUGUGCCUGAUAUGAAAUUCAAAGAUGGAGGUGUUUACAAAUGUCUUCAUUACAAAAAUAAAGUCACAGAGAAAAGAUAUAAAGUCACUGUUAUAGGUGCUCCAAAACUGGAAAUAUAUGAGCAAGAGGAUAAAACAAUGCUUAAAUGCUCUGCUUCAGCAAAUGAGCAUCCAACCAGACUCUCAUGGGUAAUGGACAAUGGCCUAGAGAUUGCGGCUCACCCAUACUACGAGUAUGAAAAUGCAUCCAACAAAUACACAGCUGUAAGCCAGCUGAGUUUAAAGGUUCCUAGGAAAAAAGUUACAGUAAAGUGCUUGGUCCGUCAUCCAGCUCUCCAUGGUUCUGAACUGGAAACCUUUAUCCACUUAGGAGACCAGAGUCAAGAUACUUCAACCUCAUCAAGUACCACACUUGGAUCAAUAGGCACAACGGUCAUUCCAACACUUUUUAGCAAAACAAACUUUACCAAUAGUCAAUCAGAGUCAGAAACAACAAAUUACAGUAAUACAACAGUAAAUGAAACCACAGAAGGAACUUCAUCAAAUGGGAGAACAAACAUAUUAAGCAACACUACUGCAAAUGAGACAGCUGAAACAACAGAGGGCAUGCCAUCAAAUACCAGCAACACAUCAUUAAGCAACAAUACUGGGAAUGACGACACACAUUUUGACACACAUAUUAAAAAGGGAAAUUCUGCAUUGCUGGUGCUGCUGGUCACAUGCCUCAUCAUCUGCCUGGUCGUGGUGCUUGCCUUCUUCCUGGUUCGCCUCAGGAAAGCACAUAUGGCCUGGAAAAAAGAGAAUGAAGAAUCUGAUCAGUCAGUAGAGAGCAGCAAGUCAAAGUCGAGCAGUGAGGAGAAGCAAAAGCAAAAACAGCAACAGAGAGGACGAGGCUUUUUGAAAACCAGUUUCACAAAGUACAAAGUAGAGGAAGCGCAAGAAGCUCAGGUGCAAGAAGCUCAGGCCACACCUACUUCUGUUGUUAACGAAAACCCACAGCACUUUAUAUCCAGAUCUAGCAUCAAAGAGACGGAACUGUGAACAAUUUGAGAACAAUACCUAACCAGCAUUGGUAUUGUAGCCUAUUGGUGCUUGAAUACUGGUUGAAAGCUUGAAUGAUAUUAAGCUAAAUGUAUUUUGUUUUAUAAUCUUUAUGUGCCUAUAAUGUGUACUAUAUUGAUGAUUUUGAUAUUUUUUGAAGAUAGUGUAUAGUAUAUAUUUUUUUACGG